CGCGUGCUGAUUGGCCGGGGCGAACACAUUUAUUCCCUGACAAGCCCCCAUCACAUGGAUGGUUGUCUAUUAACUUGUUCAAAAAAGUAUCAGGAGUUGUCAAGGCAGAGAGAGAGAGUGUGUGUGUUUGCAAAAGGGGGUAAAGUAGUUUGCUGGCUCUUUAAGACUGAGGUGGAGAGAGAGAGAGAGAUCGGCAGGCAGAGAAAAAGGAAAAAGGAGGAAGAAGAAGUUUUUUAAAAUCAAGGCUCCAGAGGUAAUAAUAGCAGUUAUUAACAUUAUUAAUCCAUCAGCGAAGAGGAAGAUCCUGAUCUUGAUCCAAGUGUGGUUUUGGGGAGUCCCCCUCCCCCCUUUCCUACCCCUCCCUAGGAAAAAAAAAAAAAAAAGUCCGGCUUGGGACUUCACCGCGACUACUCCUCGCUUCUCCGCUCAAGGCUGGUUCCAGGCAAAAGUAGUUUGAAUGUACAACAUGAUGGAAACCGAGCUGAAACCUCCCGCCCCCCAGCAAACUUCGGGGGGAGGCACAGGCAACUCCAACUCGGCCGCCAACAACCAGAAGAACAGCCCGGAUCGGGUCAAGCGCCCGAUGAACGCGUUCAUGGUGUGGUCCCGAGGGCAGCGGCGGAAAAUGGCCCAGGAGAACCCGAAGAUGCACAACUCCGAGAUCAGCAAACGGCUCGGGGCGGAGUGGAAACUUUUAUCCGAGGCGGAAAAGAGACCCUUCAUUGACGAAGCCAAGCGGCUCAGAGCUCUGCACAUGAAGGAGCACCCGGAUUAUAAAUACCGACCCCGGAGGAAAACCAAGACCCUCAUGAAGAAGGAUAAGUACACGUUGCCAGGGGGCUUACUGGCACCGGGCACAAAUACCAUGACGACUGGGGUAGGGGUUGGGGCCACCUUGGGAGCUGGGGUGAACCAGAGGAUGGACAGUUACGCGCACAUGAACGGCUGGACCAACGGAGGCUAUGGGAUGAUGCAAGAGCAGCUCGGCUACCCGCAGCACCCGGGCUUGAACGCGCAUAACGCGGCGCAGAUGCAGCCCAUGCACCGCUACGACGUGAGCGCCCUGCAGUACAACUCCAUGACCAGCUCGCAGACUUACAUGAACGGAUCGCCUACCUACAGCAUGUCUUAUUCCCAGCAAGGAACCCCGGGUAUGGCCCUGGGCUCCAUGGGCUCGGUGGUCAAGACGGAAUCCAGCUCCAGUCCCCCGGUAGUCACUUCCUCGUCUCAUUCAAGGGCUCCUUGCCAAGCUGGGGACCUUCGGGACAUGAUCAGCAUGUAUCUACCAGGUGCUGAAGUACCAGAACCAGCUGCCCCAAGCAGACUUCAUAUGUCCCAACACUACCAGAGUGCACCUGUUCCUGGCACAGCCAUUAAUGGCACACUCCCUCUAUCACAUAUGUAAGACAAAGGGGCCGGGGAGGGGGGGGGGCGGGGGGGGC